UUUCAUUCUAUAAAUCAACAGAACUUUUAUCAUAGUAACUUUUAUCUUUAAUUAAUACCGCAUAGUUACUUACAGUAGACAAUUACAACAUGAAUAAAUGUUCUACUUGGAAUAUUCUGUCUAUAACACCAUUAGUUAUCUAUUGUCUUUUAAUUUCUUUAACAAAUUCUUGGAAAAUUGGCACAACUAGAAUACCAAAUGAUAAUGAAGAGAUUAGAAUGGAAUUAGAAAACACUCCUAUAAUGUAUGAAGAAAUAGAACCUAAAUGGAAACAAAAACAAAAAUGGAUAUCUCAGACAUCUCAAGGUGAUUUACCAUGGAUACAUGGAUUAAAUCGAGCUGGUGUAAACCAAAAACCAUAUAAUACACUUGGAAGAGAACGUCGAUUCUUUUGUAAUCCAAUGGGAUGCGUCUAACUGAUACUGAUGAACAACAUUUUUUUGAAAAAAAAACAACAUAUAAUCAUAUAAUUAUGUAAUCAUAUAAUCAUGUCUGUAUACUUAAACAAAACAUAAAUAAAUGUCUUUCUUGUCAAUAAUUAAUAAAAGUGAUAAAUAAAAUUAUUUAUACGGAA